GCCUUUUUCUGAGCUUACCACUGAACAGUUAAUGCCUCUGUUGGCUGUCUUUUCCCUUCUCCUCCCACUCGCAGCCAACACAAUAUAAACAUUUCUGUACAGUGGGGAGACUCCCAGCCGUCUGCCGCGGACAGUGCGCCUGCAAGCAGGGACGCACCGAGACCCCAGAGAUGGCGCAGACCGACGGCCAAGCCGCAACUUUCCCUGACAUCGUGGAGCUGAACGUGGGCGGACAGGUGUACGUGACGCGGCUGGAAACGCUCACGGCGGUGCCCAACUCGCUCCUGUGGGCCAAGUUCACGCACAGCUCCCCCGGGGACCUGCCCAAAGACGGCAAAGGCCGCUUCUUCUUCGACCGGGACGGCUUCCUGUUCCGAUACGUCCUGGACUACCUGCGCGACUCGGAGCUGUUCCUGCCCGAGUUCUUCAAGGAGCGGCGGCGGCUGCAGAAGGAAGCGGACUUCUUCCAGCUGCCCGAGCUGUCGAGGCGCCUGGCGGCCGUCAGCAAGGACAGCUCGUGCGCGGAGGACAGCGGCGACGCGGAGGAGGUGGAGCUCGCGAGCCCCGCCACGUCCGCGUCGGAGCGCACGCUGCGCUCGCCCGGGGCCGACUCCGGCUACAUCACCAUCGGCUACCGGGGCAGCUACACCAUCGGCAGGGACAUCCAGGCGGACGCCAAGUUCCGCAGGGUGGCGCGGAUAACCGUGUGCAGCAAGAUCUCUCUGGCCAAGGAGGUGUUCGGAGAAACCCUGAACGAGAGCCGCGACCCGGACCGACCCCCGGACAAAUACACGUCCAGGUACUACCUGAAGUACAACUUCCUGGAGCAGGCGUUCGACCGGCUGGCGGAGGCCGGCUUCCACAUGGUGGCGUGCAACUCCACCGGGACCUGCUCGUACGGGAGCAGCGACCCGGCGGAGGACAAACUGUGGACCAGCUACACCGAGUACGUGUUCUCCCGAUGAGCGCCCUGGAGCGGCGCCGCGCGCGCGCUGCGCCGCGACGCGACGCGCCGACGCUCCGCGCAGGGAAACGAGCAGCAGCUCCUCUAAUCAUUAACAGUUAGGCGGUUUCAGUGUGAUUGAGUUUGUGUGGGAUCAGGGAGCAGCCAGGGUUAAGUCCUCUGCCAUUUUCUCCUCCUUUCACUAAGAGGAGGAUUCUUCAGGCUCUAGCGUAAAUCUCAUUGGUUCGUGAAGAAAAAAAUACGCACCACGUCCUUAAAUGUCUUAUUUUUACGGCCCGGUUGGGCUUCAUAACUUCGUAGUUUUCUCAAAGACUUGUUCUUAAAUAAGUGACGUGACCGGAAGCUGGAGCUCGUUUCCCCGGACCGUCGCGAUAGACAUCGGUGUUAGAAAGGCAUGUGAGACACGGGGCAAAUAGUUGUGACCUGUUCGGACAAGUUGCGCAGCUCCUCUUGUGAAUUUCAGCCCUUUACUGGGAAGUGAUACACACAGUACGCCACACAGACCCACACAGACCCACACGACUUCUUCAGUAUAAUAUACUUGGUAUUGUUUAUUUUAUUUGAAUAUAUCACAUAUGGGAUCACUGUUUUUAAAAUGUCACAUUGGAACUUGCAUUGUUACGUGCAUCAAUGAUGUUGUCAUUGCUUCCUCUUUAGAUAUAAAACUACAGUAAAUAAAGUGUGAAUUUGUAACACUC